AUGAAGGUGCACGUAACUGUCGUUGUGUUGGUGUUGGUGAACGUCGCUGGCGUUGUGGCCGUGGGUGACGGCACGUUGACUGAAACGGACAAGGAGUACUUGGUGACAGGGCAUAAUGGAGAAAGGAAGACCCAAGGUGCAACUAACAUGUACAAAAUUAAGUGGGAUGACGAUCUGGCCACAACAGCUCAGAAGCAUGCCGAUAAGUGUCUGUGGGAGCACACACCUGAUGGCGAGAGAACAUGGGGUGAAAACAUGGCUCAGAUCAAGUUUCCAGAAGCACAGUAUCUUGACACAUACCCGCAUCCGAAGAUGAUUGACAUCGUGGUGACGGAAGGUAUGACAGGAUUCCAGUCGUGGAGUGGCGAAGAGGAAAACGAUGUCAAACAUGACUUUUCAUGCGCUAGAAGUGACUGGAAUGGAAAGACUUGUGGUCACUACACCCAGGUGGUGUGGCAUUCCUCAACAAAGGUUGGCUGCGGGGCAAGAAACUGUAUAAACUUCACCCAGAAGAAGGAUCCAGAAGAUAUUCAACACAACGUCUGGAUCCUCGUCUGCGCCUACAUGAAGCCUGGUAAUAUGGCCAAUGAAAAUGCUUUUGAGAAGGGAAAAGCGUGUUCCGCCUGUGAAGGAAAUGAUGGCUGUGAGGACGGCCUUUGUGUUGCGUCAUAAAGAGAAUGUGAUAUGGACGAACUCAAGUGCUGAAGACUUCUUGAUUAAGAUCUGUGCUUUACGUAGUCGAGCUCUUGAAAUAAAUACAUAGUCCAAACCCUGA